CUCUCAGCUGUCAUUUUAGCUAAAACGGAUCAAACUUAAAGGAAAAAAUCUCAACUUUUACUCGCUGAUUUGUGAACAGCAUCCAGGGAUCCCCUUUCAAAACCGUGUUUGCUGGAGGGCAAGCCUGGGCUGCUUGGACUGGCAUUGUUCUGAAGGGUGGCGAUUUGAGGGCAACAGAUUUACUUGGUGCUUCCUUAGCAUCUCUUUUUGCAUGCAGUGGAGGAGGGUCCCAGUUCGGGAGUUACAUGCGUAUUAUUAGGUGUCCUGUUUUCACAAAAAGCAGUUCAUGUUACUCCGCUUGGUGUGUUCUGCCUACUUGUCUGUGCGUCUCAAACGAUAUCGCUUGUAACUCUAACCCAGACGUGCUCAUCGAGCGCAGCCAUUGCGCAGCCUUGUUUAAUUGCUGUUAUUUAUUUUGCCUUCAUUUACCGUGUCAGCCUGCGGGGGGGAACACGCUCAGAUUUCGAGUGCAUUUUUACGUGCUAGGUGUGUCUCUGCGCUUCCAGGUGUGUGCGGUUUCGCUUAAAACUCAUCCCGCCGCCGUGUGACAUCGCUGUAAAUGUGCCGGGAGGGGAAACAAAGACAUUAGAGAGCGACACAAGUGUCUGUGCAUCAUCUGUUUGACUUCUCUGCCGUUGCAAUGCUGAGCCAGAUGCAUGCCCGGUGCGCCUUCUUCUAAAUAGCAUAUGUUGACUAUGGUGCAUCAAGCUCUCUGAAGGACCAGAAUGGAGAUUGGCCCUCUGAACUGUUAAUGGGGACAUGGGACUCACGUUGUCGUUGAUAAUUUGUGUGGACUUAACCAGCAAAGAGCAACAGAAGACACGAGAAAGACAGUGGGAAUUAUAGCAGUUUUUCAGGUCACCAAAUCUUGUUAUUUUAAUUUCUGUCUGGAAGAAUGUCUGAGCAAGGUAAAUUGAACCAGGAGACAGCAGAGGAAGCUGCAAAAGAGCAGGAGACUGCCAUCUCCGAAGCCAAUCCGGACAACUGUAUUCUUAAUAAAUCUGAAAGCUCAGAAGUAGAGGAGAAGGAGGAGAAGCUCAGCGAUUCCAAGACAGAGCUGCAGAAACGAGGUGCAAAUCAGCAGAAAAAGAGAUCCAAGUCAGGAGCUAAAGGAAAACUUGUCCGGAGUCUUGCUGUGUGUGAGGAGUCGUCCCCUCGUCAGGGAGCAGAAAAUCUUCAUGAUAAUCAGGAAUCAAUCCAACUACAGCUUUCCAGUUUUCCUAGCUUGCAAGAAGAAGAUAAAUAUAAUAAAGAUGACUCCGAGAAAGAAAAAGAGAAGGAUAAAAAUAAAGAUAAAAGCAGUGAAAAAAACAAGAUCCGAAUGUUAUCAAAAGAUUGCAGUCAAGAGUAUACAGAUUCAACAGGCAUAGAUUUGCAUGAGUUUCUCAUUAACACAUUAAAGAAUAACCCCAGGGACAGAAUGAUACUCUUGAAAAUGGAACAGGAAAUUAUUGAUUUUAUUAGUGACAACAAUAAUCACUAUAAAAAGUUCCCUCAGAUGUCUUCGUAUCAGAGGAUGCUAGUGCACAGAGUGGCAGCUUACUUUGGAAUGGAUCACAAUGUGGAUCAGACUGGAAAAUCUGUAAUUAUCAACAAGACCAGCAAUACAAGAAUACCAGAGCAAAGGUUUUCUGAACAUUUAAAAGAUGAAAAAGGUGAAGAAUCCCAGAAGCGAUUUAUCUUGAAGCGAGAUAACUCUAGUAUUGAUAAAGAAGACAAUCAGCAAAACAGAAUUCUUCCAUUUAGAGAUGACAGACGAAGUAAAUCAAUUGAAGAGAGAGAAGAGGAGUAUCAGAGAGUGAGGGAGAGAAUAUUUGCACAAGAUUCAGUUUGCUCCCAGGAAAACCUUUUUGUGGAAAACAGUAGGCUGUUGGAAGACAGUAGCAUAUGCAAUGAUACCCAUAAGAAAAGACAGCUGUUUAGGGGUAAUAGAGACAGCAUCGGGAAGACAUCUGGCAGUCGACAGAGCAGUACAGAGAAUGAAUUAAAGUGGACAGACCACCAGAGGCCAUGGAGCAGCACAGACUCGGACAGCUCAAAUCGAAAUUUGAAGCCAGCCAUAACAAAGACAGCCAGCUUUGGUGGGAUAACCGUCCUGACAAGAGGAGAUAGCUCAUCAAGUAACAGAAGUACCGGCAAACUGUCUAAAACAGGUAGCUCAGAGUCUUCCAGCAGUGCUGGCUCCUCAGGAUCACUGUCACGAAUACAUCAGCCUCUCCAAAGUGCAUCUCUUGUCCCUGGGGUAACAGUCAGCUCUACAGGAAGUGUGUCCUACCCUGAGAGUGGGAUGAGUGGCCAGGUGGCCCCCAGCAACACCAGCUAUAUCAUUCUUCCACUUGAAGCUGCAGGGAUACCGCCUGGCAGUAUCCUUCUCAACCCACACACAGGUCAACCGUUUGUAAAUCCUGAUGGGACACCGGCAAUAUACAAUCCUCCCAGUGGCCAGCAGACGAUGAGGAGCCAGAUGGUGGGACAGUCUCAGCAGCAGCCUUCAUCUCAGCAGCCUCAGCAGGUUCAACAGCCACAGCAACAAAUGGCAAGUCACCUUGUCACACAGCCUGUUCAGACAAUGCAGCCAUCUUCUCAAUCAGUCCAAUAUCCAGCAGUUUCUUAUCCUCCCCAGCAUCUCCUGCCAGUCUCUCCAACGCAGCAGUUUUCUGUGCGAGAUGACAUGACAGCACAGUUUAACCAGAUGAGCUUAAGUCGUCAAUCAUCAGGAGACAACCCUGAAUCGCCUUCUGGUCCUGUCUACCCAUCGCCUCUCUUGCAGCAGCCUGCCCAGCAGACGAGUUACAUUAUGGCUUCCCCAAGUCAACAGCUUCCCCCGGGAAGCUUUACAGGUUCAGGUCCACCAGUAUCCCAGCAAGUGCUGCAGCCGCCACCACCACCCCAAGGCUUUGUGCAACAACCGCCACCACCUGCUCAGAUGCCAGUGUAUUACUACCCAUCUGGUCAGUACCCUACCUCAACAACUCAGCAGUACAGACCCAUUGCCUCAGUUCAGUACAACGCACAGCGGAGUCAACAGAUCCCACAGACUGCACAGCAAGCAGGUUACCAGUCUGUCCUGCCAAACCAGCAGCAGGGUUUCCAGGGUCUCAUGGGAAUGCAGCAGCCGCCCCAAAGCCAGAACCUGAUGAAUAAUCAACAGGGAAAUCAGGUGCAAGGCAUGAUGGUGCAGUAUCCAGCCAUGUCGUCUUAUCAGGUGCCAAUGACCCAGGGUUCUCAAGGAUUGCCACAACAAUCAUAUCAACAACCAAUCAUGCUACCUAAUCAAUCAGGUCAAGGAACACUUACAGCCACUGGAAUGCCUGUCUACUGUAAUGUCAUACCUCCUGCCCCACAGAACAACCUACGGUUGAUUGCCCCACACUGCCCCUCCAAUAACGUUCCAGUUAUUUCUGCCAGCUGCAGGACAAACUGUACGAGCAUCAACAAUGCAGGGUGGCAGGUCAAGUACUGACACUGUGGCUUAGAGUGGAUAUAUGAGGGUAGCGGUGCAUUAUUUGACAAAUAAAUCAUGGCCUUCAAAUGAAGAGGAACACAACAGGAUAAACAGUUGAGGGCAUAGGUACUGACCUAUGCUCAAGUGAUUUGCUGCUGGAAAAAUCUGUAAAAAAAAUAAAAGUAAAAUAAAUUUUGAAAAAAAAAAUGUUUGCUGGUUAAUGGUGCAUAUUUUUGUCAUGUCUGCUAGGUAUGCCUUUAUAGCUUAGCUAGUGACAUGAAUUCAUUGAGGUAAGAUUUUUUCCUACCACUGAACACCACUGUGUAGAUUGUAAUAUCCCCGAUUCGGAUUAGUUUUGUACUUUGUGUUGACUUUGUGAAGCUAAAAGUAUUUAAAAAUAUGAUAAAAAUCACAUUGUACCAAAGCUGUAAUGGAAAUGAAAAAAAAAAAAGAAAACAAAAAGAGAAUUACUGAAUGGAAGGAAUAAUUUAUAUACACUAUAGAGUUUUUUAUGGAUAUAUACUGUAUUGUAGUGCUUAAUCACAAUAAAGCUAUUUGACCUUAUGGAGGAAGGUCAUGUUUCUA